CAUAAGAGUUUGUGAUUACAUAUUUAGUGAUUCUUGUAUAUGUGUCCAAGAAAGUUUCAAUGGCUUAGUGGUAUCUGCCGUAUAUUUAUGUCAUACUAACCCGGGUUUGAUCGUUUCCUUUGCAUUGUUUUUUCAUAUUUUACAAAAAAAUAAAUGAGAUGACGUGGCAACUUCGGACUCUCUGAUUGGACGAUUUUUUGUGCCUACGUGGACACUUUUAGAGGAACUUAUAUAUCCAUUUUAGUAUAGUAUAGAUACACGCCGUUUAAGUUUGACUAGACAUUGUCGUUUUUGUUGUGGUAUGUUCGGUAUCUUUCUACCGUGUAAAAUAUCACUGCAAAAAACUUAAGUAAGACCACACUCCCAAUAAUAAAACAGUUCAAGUUAAAGCAGUAAAAAUCAUGUAAAUUAUGAAAAAUAAAAUAAGUCAAGUGUAGAUCAGACAUAUGAAGAUCAAGUAGUUUAUUAUAAUUUAAAUAUUAAAACAGUUUAAAUAAAGCAUACCAUAUAUCUAAAUUAAAAAUUACAAGAAAAAUCAAAACGCAAAAUACAUAAAUACAAUACAUAAACAAAACUAUAGAAGUGUGGAUGAGAAUUAGACAUAUAUUAUAGAAAUAUAACUUAAAUGAAUGUAAUUCAAAUUACCUUAAAGAAAGGAUGAUAAUUAGAUAAGAUUUUUUCUGUUAUUAAAGUAGUAAGUAAAGUGGAAUGCAAAUGUGGUGAUUUAUAGAAGAAAAAAAAUGUAUUUUAAAAUAAAUUAUUAAGAAAAUAGUAUUGUCCAACAAUAAAACUAAUGGGUGAACAACAUCAAUUUUUAUGCAGGAUAGAUGUAUUCAUGCUAUAUGUAAGGGUGGACGUUCGAGUAUCCAAUCGGGUUCGGUUCAGAUCUAUUCGGGUUACGGGUUUUCGAGUUCAAUGAUUUCAGUCUCAUUUGGAUAUUUCUAAUUUUGGUUCGGAUUCGGUUUGGAUCUUUGCGAGUUCGGUUCGGAUAACCCAUUUAAUUUUUUUUAAUUUUUUUAAAAACUCAUUAUAUGCUUAAAAGUUCUCAAAAUCUAUAAACAAAAUAAUACAUUACAUAUAAAUUUGAAUAAAACAUGUCAAAAUACAUAAAAUUAACAUAUAAAUUGGUUGGUUUGAAUAUUUGGAUAGAGAAUCAAUAGAUAUUUCAAGUAUUUUUGGUGUGUUUGAGUAUAUUUUAGCUAUUUUAAACAUUUACUUUUGAUUAUUUGUAUAUAUUUUCAAGUAUUUUCAACAAAUUAUAAGUAUCUUAUAUAUUUUGGAUUUUUCAUAUACAUUAAAUCUAAAAAUAUUUAAUAUAUGUAGAUGUAUAAAUAUAUGUCGGAAACUACAUUCGGGUACCCGAAAUACUCCGGAUCGGGUCGGGGUCGGUUUUUUAGAUACCAAAAUUUUAAACCUGUUCGGAUAUUUAAUCAAUUUUGGUUGGGUUCGGUACAACUUUUUCGGAUAAGGUUCGGUUCGGUUCUUCGGAUUCGAGUAGCCUAUAUGUGUGUAUUUUUGUCGGGCUAUAUGUAUUAAAAAAACACACAAAAUUUUGUGAUGUCUUUCUAUUAAGGUAGUGAUUGAAACUUAUUUACGGAGCAUAUUUGUAAUAAUAAGUUCGCAAUUUAUCAAGUGUCACCAAUCAUCAAUUUUUGUUUGUUCUAUAUUAGAAUGAACCACACUUACUUUUUGACCCGCUCAAUUAUGAUGUGGUUUUGUGUUCUGUGUGCGUUUUUCUUAAUUUACUAAUAUUUAUUAUAAUUAUCUGAUUUAAAAUAUUUUAAUGCAUUUUUAUAAUAUAUGUUACUAAUUGUUCAAUCAAGAUACUAUAAAAUCAUAUUAUUUAAAUAAUAUUUUCAUCACCUUCUAAUAUUUUUUUUGUUUUUUUUGUUUGAAUGUAAAAAUAUUAUAGAAUUUAUUAUAAAUUACUUUUAUAAAAACCUGAAAUAGUACUUAUUAAAGUAAUUUAAUAUUGUGAUGCAGUUUAACUGCAGUUUGUAUAAGAGAAACACACACUACGAAACAACUGCAUAAUACAUCUAAUAAAAUUUUAUAAAUAUAAUAUAUAUUUUAAAAAAAUUAUAUGCAUCUGAAACAUGAAAUUCAAUAUGCUGUUAGUGAGACUUUUUAGCCAAUAUCUUAAUUUAUUUUAAAUUUUAUAAUUGUGUUAUUUGUUUAAAAAAUAAUAAUUUAAGUUUGUUAUUUAAAAAUUAAAAUGUGGUUAAAUCAAUAUCAAAACUUUACUAUUGAAUCGUUAUUAUAUAAAUUUCAAAAUAAUAUAUCAUGUUUUUGUUGGUGUAUAGACUGUCAAAGUUGUGUUCGUUGUCAUUUAAAAAAAAUUAAAUAAAUUAUAAUAUGUAUUAUAGUUUGAAGAUAAAAUAUUUUUUGGUUUUUGUUUAAACACCAAAAAAUUGAAAAAUAUACAAGAUCAUAUUUUCCAUAUCCUCUAAAAGGUCAAAUAGAAAAUAUGAAAAGUUGAUUGCAUAUGUUUUUUCAAUUAAUCAAUAACAAUAAACUUUGUUGAAAAAAGCAAUAACAUUAAAAUAAGAUAGAAAAAAUCAAGGAGUAGUUGCAUAUUUAUUAUUUUGUAGUAUUUAAUAGUUAUAAAUAAAUAAAUAAGUCUACACUAUUCGUUUUCAAUUGUGGUUUUUUAACAUGUGUCCUGCAGUCCAUUUUUAUUUUAAUUUUAAAUUAUUAUUUUUACAAAAGUGGCAAUAGAAAAAUAUUUGAAUGUCAUCAUAUAUUUGUCCAUGUGGUGCGUUUCUUUUGUCCCACUUUUAACAUUCAGAACCAUAAACUAGGUUAUAAAAAUUUGGAUACCUAUUUAGUUGUUAGUUUGGUUCUAGUUCAGUUUUGGUUUCUGGAUUUUAGACAUAUAAGACAUGCUUGGGUAAUUUAUAAUAUCCAAAUUUGAAUUGAACUAUAUAUUUUUGGUUCUGUUCUUCGGUUCUGGAUAUAUGUGCUCAGUCUAAUCUUCCUAUACGAAUAAAAAUAUUAUAUUUGUUAAAAUAAUCUUAUAUAUAUAUAUAUAUUAAUUUAUACAUAAAAUUUAAUUUGUAUUUAAAUUUAACUUAUUUUUAAAAACUUGUAAUGGUCAAACCAUGACUCGUUGUCUAGUCGGCUACGAGUUGUGUUAAAAACUCGUCAGAUUGAUGAUAUUAUUCAAUUUUUGAAAACAGGAUAGGAUCGAUCGGUUGAACCGUAACUUAUUUCUCUAUUCAAUUACAUGUUGUGUUAAAAUUUGUAUUCUGAGUCAAACCGGGGGAAAUGGUGAAUCAAAGAGUUAUUGAACCAAAUACCACAAAAACAAAUCAAUUCAUGUAUAUUCAUAUCUAAAUAUUUCAGGGGAUCAAAUUUUUAAUUGAUAUUGAAUUUGUAAAAUAUAAUUUAUAUUCUAAAUCAUUUUAUUAUAUUUAAUUUAAGUAAAAAUAUUAAAAUAUUUACAAAAUUUUCAAUUUGUAUUUUUAUUUCAAAAGAAUUUAGUAGUUAAAUUUAACAAAAAAUAAAUAUAAAUCAUAAUUUUUAUUCCAAAUUAAUAUAAAUAUUUAAGAUUAUAAAAUAUUAUGACAAUGUCACUAAGUAAACAAAUUUAAUUUCAAACCAUAUUAAUAUAUUUAUUAUACAUUCUAUUUCAUAUCAAAACCACAAUACUAAUUUUCCUAUAAAAUCCACACUUACCUUCCAAACCACAUGAACCUUAAUUCCGUACCGCUUAUAUUAUCAAAUUUUCGGUUACCAUUCAGACCUUAUGUAUUACAAAAACAUAAAAAGACGUAUAGUGAUUUUAUGCAGAAAAACAUUGUGUCCAUAUAAUCUACAUUUUUAAUUUUUACUUUCAAAAUUUAAGAUUAAGGGUUUGUAUGGAAAGAGAAAUUAAAAAUGAUUAUUUUACCAACACAUAGCAUCCAUCUACAACUUACCAUUCAAUAAAAAGUUUUUUUUUAACUGCGUGUGUUCCACUUUUUUAAGAAAGCGAUGUACAUUAUAGGUAGGGUUGGGUUACUGGUCAAAUCCGUCCCGCUGAUCCGCAGGUUUCAAAUUAUUUUUUGUCAAAAAAUAUGACCCACACAACCCGUGAACAAAUAUAUAUAUACCCGCAUCCGCCCAGCUUAAUUCUAGGGGUAAUCUGCGAGACCCACAUGUUAUUUUUUUAAAAAUAUUUUUUUUUUAAUACUUCUUAAAAAAUACUGUAAAUAAUAUAUUUAUAAUUAAAAUUUUAUAUUUUAUAUUUUUAUAAUUUAUAAUUAUUAUUUUUAAAAUUCCCGUAUUUUUCUAAAAUAUAUACUUUUUUACAAAAAAAACAUUUAUUUAUUUAUUUUUAUUUAAAACAAUUGCGGGUUGGCGGGUACCCACAAUUCAAAAUCCACCAACGACAUCCGCCCCGUAUAAAAUAUUGAUAACACGCUCCCGCAAAUCGAUUUUUUUUAAUUGCUCGACCCGCACCCGCCCCACGGCGGGUCAAACAGGGCGAGAUCCGUGGGUUAAAACUCAAAUUUCCAGGCCUAAUUAGAGGUCAGUUUUUGACUUUUAUUACACAAUAGAUCACUUUGUGCUACUUGAGUAGUUUUAGGUGGUUUAAGACCUUGCUGUCCCUAGAAAAGUGUAACCAUAAACCUUUUUGAAUGAUUUACACUUUAUAGAGAAUAUAUUUCUAGUAAUGUAUUUUUAUAACUAAAACCAAAUAAUUGUUAACUACCUUAACUAAUCUAACCAUAAUGGUCUCACAUUUCGCCACCUGCAUUAUCUCUCACCUCUCUUUGUUCAUCACCAAGGUGUUUUUCUUCAUGUCGAGAAAUAUGUCAUGCUUCUUCCUUUUUUAUUGUAAAUCACAUUUUUUCUGCAAAUCAUUUCUUUUUGCCAUAGUAGCUUCCUCUUCUCUUUAAUUUUCUAUAUCAUUAACUUACUUUUUCUGAUUGCAGAUAUCUAUUGGUCCAAAAAAUCAAUAUAGCUGAUCUGAUUUCUCGCUUUUUGCUUCCUAGAUAUGUGACGAAGUAGACACAUAAAAAGUAGCGGUAAAUCGGUGGUGUCAUCGACACAUCUUUUCCAAUUUGAUCACGUCUUUGGUUAGGCUGUAUAAGAAAUAAAUUGAUGAGAAAACAAAUGAAAGAGAAACUAAAUUUUGCUUGUUUUUGGAUGAAAUCGGAUAAUAUAUACAAUAUUAGUAAGUUUUGGGGAUAAACACACACAAAAAUAAAGGUUUAAUGAAGAAAAUCAAUGCCUCCUUCGAAAAAGAGUUACAUAAACGUUGGAAGCCCUAAAAUAAAGAUGGUGAUUUUUAAUAUAUAAUUGUCACUCUUUGAAAAUAUUAAAAUAAGAAAAAUUUAGCCACUGUGAAUCAAAGUCGGGACUAUAGAGACUGAAGCCAGCCAAGUAAUCAGUAAACCACUCAUACUUAAUUAAUUGAUUACAUACACGUAAACAUCAUAUUAUAAUCAUUUUUUAUUAAAAUAAACGUUGUAUUGGUCCGUUAUUUUGUUGUUUGAAUAUGUAUACAAGUAGUACAAAAUUUGUUGGUUUUAAGGAUAUAAACUUGGUUGUGCAUAUGUGUUUUAUUAUUAUGUAAUGUGUAGUACACUUUGGAUGUUUUGGUAUGUUAUAUAUCUGUAAUUUUGUUAUUAAGUAAACAAAUUGUAAAACAUCCUUGUUUCUAUAAGCAAACAAAUUGUGUAUUGCAUUUAUGUUUUAUUUUGUGUACAUCAUGUUUUGUACACAAAGACAUUGGAUGUGUAUAUAAUGUUAUUGUACACAUGUACAUGUGAGACUUGUGAAAAAUGAAAAAGGGAAAAAACCUUUAUAGGAAAGCAUGUGAAUGUCUGGUUUACGUGAAAUGAGGAGUUUUCAUGUUUGUGAAUAAAACUUAUUUUAGAUCUUGAUACUAUAGGUCUUGAGAUUUUUUUUCUUUUAUAUUCUUGGUAUAUGUGUGUACAUGUGUACAAUUUCUGUUGUGUACAUAAUUUUGUUGGUGUACACAUACAAAUUUUAUAUUCUUGGUACACAUAUACAAAUGUAUUAUUAAACAAAACUGAAGAGUAAAUUCAUGAUUUAAACGAUCUAUCUGAUAAGUAUGCAGAUACCAUUACCAACAAAAAAACAUAGUUAUAUGACAUGAUUGGGGUUAAUGGCUUAUUCCCCUAUGAACUUAGCCGUCCAUGCUUUUUCACACACUAACUUUUAGAUUAUGUCAAAACCCACACAAACUAUUCUUUUUUUUUUUGAAAUACCUACACAGACUUUCAAUUUUAAUCUAACUUCCACAAAACCAUAAACGGUGUUACAAAGCCGUUAAUGAUGUAUCUGAUCUAGUUAAAUUUCUCAUUUAUUUCUGGUUUAACCAAGAAUAAUAAAACGCCGUCGUUUUAGUCUUCUUCUUUAAUUGGGAUUUUUUUAAAUCAGAAUUAGGGUUCCUAGUAACGAUCUAGAGAACAGAGGGAACGAUGCAAAUCGUGAUUGAAAAUUUUCUGUAGAGUGAAGGUAAUUCUCAUCGGUAUUUUCGUUAGCCAGAGACGUAAUUUUGCGAUUGGUGGAUUGUGAAGUUUUGAGAUUGGUGGACUGUGAAGAGACAGAGUUCGAGAAUGAGGUUAGUGGACUUUGUUUUUCUCUGAAAUUCUAUGAACUGGGUUGGUUGUGUUACUUUCGUUUUGAUGGCCUCACUUUUAUUUUUGCAGUAGCGACAUAUUUUUGGAGUGUGAAACAGAGAGACACGACACAGAGAUGGAGGAAGAUGAGAGAGAUAGGACUCCAUGUGAUUUGAAAGUAAGAGUUGAGAGAAAUGUGAGGGAUUUUGUAGACGAAGAUGUUGAUUUGUUUGCUACACCUGUCGGCUCAGAUGAUGAAGAUGAUAAUGAAGGAGAUGGCUACUUGACAUACAAGAAAGGCAGUGGUGAGCUUCGGUUAAGACAAGCCUUUGAUAGUUUACAUGCUUUCAAGCAGGCGAUGGUAGAUUAUGUGUUAAAAUAUGGUUGGAAUGUGAAGUAUAUCCGCUGGGAUAAAGACAAAUCUGAACUCAAAUGUGCUAGUGAAGCAGAAGAAGGAGAGGAAGCUUGUAUGUGGAGGAUAUACUGCUCCUAUGAAGCACCAUUGCAAAAAUGGAUGGUUAAAGUGUAAGUGAAGGAUCAUAGUUGCAGUAAAAGUGGAUACUCAAGGCUGAUUACACAAGAAGUCAUUGCAAAAUUGUUCAUAAAUGAUCUUAGGGUUGAUCCCAAGAUAAAGCCGAAGGAGAUUUUGGCAGAUAUUCAGAAGCGUUGGGAUUUGACUGCAACCAUAGAUCAAUGUAGAAACGGAAAGAAAAGGGCUUUAGAAAUGAUCCAAGAGGAGCAUGAUCUACAAUUUUGAACGCUUAGAGAUUACCGGCUUGAGCUGUUAGAGUAAGUGUGUUUCAUGUUUUUUUUUUUUUUUUGUAGUUUCAUGAACUAUUUAUACUUAUUAUUUGUUUGUUUUACAAGGUCAAAUGAGGACUCAACGGUUGAGCUCGAGACACUCUACGGAGAUGAUGAUGAAGAUGUUUUCUAUAGAUUUUAUGUCUGUUUUUCUGCAUUGAAAAAGACUUGGUGCGCCCACUGCCGACCUAUAUUUGGUCUUGAUGCAUGCUUCCUCAAGUGCACAACAAAGGGUCAGUUGUUAGCAGCAGUUGGCAGAGAUGCAAAAAACCAGAUGUUUCCUAUAGCUUGGGCUGUUGUUGAGGUGGAGAGUGAAGACAAUUGGGUCUGGUUCAUUGAGAAGUUGCAGGUAGAUUUAAAUCUUCAUGAUGGUGAAGGCUUCACAGUCAUAUCAGAUAGACAAAAGGGCCUACUUAAUGCCGUUUCAAAUCUCUUGCCAAUGGUUGAGCACAGGAUGUGUGCAAGACACAUUUACGCUAACUUAAAGAAGAACCAUCCACAUAGGACUGACAUGAAAGGAAAAUUUUGGAAGGUCGCUAAGAGCUACAACAUUGCACAAUACAACAAGAGGCUGGAUCAGGUGAAGGCAUAUAACAUGAGUGUAUAUGAUUCAAUGAUGAUGAAGAAUCCCAAAAACUGCAGCCUCGCCUUCUUUACUACUUCCUCUAUGUGUGACGACGUAAGCAACAACAUAUCUGAGUCUUUUAAUCAUGCAGUUGACCCUGCUAGAGCAAUGCCACUAGUGGAAAUGCUGGAAACAAUUCGCAGUAGAGCUAUGUUGCGCAUUGAGGCAAGGAAGUUGAUAUCAAAGAGUCAUAGAGGAAAGUUCAGUAUUAAAGCAAUGGAAAAAGUCAGUGAAGAGCAAAAAAAAUCCGGCGCUGCACAAUAUAUCCUUGCGGAAAUGAUGUAUCUGAGGUGAGUGAGAAAAAUACUGCAUACAAAACAAAAAUGCUUGAGUGAAGUUGCACUUGUCGAAAGUGGGAAAUGUCGGGAUUACCUUAUCGUCAUGCUUUGAAAAUUAUUUCUGUAAAAAAGCGCAAGCAAGAAGAUUAUAUGGCUGACUGUUACCUCACCUCGACAUGGAGAAAGCAAUAUGAAACACCCAUUGAAGCUGUCUGUGGGAUAACUUUUUGGGAAAAAUCAGAAGAUGCAAGGAUUAUUCCACCACCAACAGCACCUGAACAAUCAAGAGGACGGAGGAAGAUUCCUAAGCGGAUAAAAGGGAGGAACGAAUCUCCUAGCAAGAAGAAGACUAAGGAUAGGAAUGAGUCACCUUCAAAGGUUUCAAGGGAGAGAAGGAUCAUUCAUUGUGGUAGAUGUGGAGAAGGUGGACAUAACUCAAGGAAGUGUGCAAAUGUUGGAGUUCCAAUUCAAAGACCCCCCAAAAAGAAGAAUGUAACACAAGGUGAAGGAUCAAGUCAACAACCACAAAGUCUAGUGUUCGAAUAACAAGGCAGCUUCAUGGUUUCUAAAUUUGAUUAUGGCUUUUUUUUUUUGGUUUGAUUUAAAGCUUUCUUUUGUUUGUUUUAAGACUUCAUGUGGAUUAUUUUAACGCUUCACGGUUUCUGAAUUAGGUUUUAUUUUGAGGAUGUUAUGAAAUGGUCAGUGUAGUGCCUAUUAAGUUCUACAUAAUGAAACAGUUCUAGAUUUAUAUUACAAGUGGUCAUAGCCACCAAAGUACAUCACCACAACACUAAAAUAGUUCCAAAAGCCAUAGCCGCCUAUUUUACAUUACAGAAAAACCUCCAUCAUCCCUCUUAACCAUACCCGUUUAACAAUACAGAAACACCUCCAUGUUCUCUCCAUCUCCAACACUUAGCUGCAUUACAAAUUUACAGAAAAAACAAUUACAACAGCACAAACAACCAUGUUCUUUAACCCUUUCACCUCCAUCUUCCAAUCUUGAAGUUCCUUCUCAAAUCCUUGUAACUCCUUUUGUAGACCGUACACAACUGCUUCACAAGUGCGUAUCUCGAUUGUAAGAGUCUCUAACUCUGAAUUAAAGCUCUCAAUAUUCUUUUCUAAGUUGCUUGAAGCUCUUCAAGAUCACCAAAUUUCACUUUCAUAUCUUCAAUCUCUUCAAGGGCUGAUCGAUCCGCCCACUUGAACAAAUGAAACCAACUAUUCUAUAAGAAGCAAACGAUAAUUUCAUUCCUUUUAGAAAAAAAAAAUUAAACCAGUUUUAGCUAACAUAACAAAUCGAUUUUUUCCCAGAAAGACACAACCAGAUCAUGUUAACUCGAACCAAUUCCCAGAAAUACACAGCCAGUAACAUUACCUCAUCUCCGUAUGGACAAGAAUGAAAAAGCCUUCCUGGAUUUUUAACUGUUCGAGACGUAAGCAACCUCACACGUUCUCCACAUCUGCAAUGAGUCGGAAUUCCUCUUCCGUUAACGUCCAUUCUCCAAUUCUCCUACUGCUGUUUCACUCGAAUCUCUCGCUCGACUCUCCUUCUCUGGUUCGUUCUCCAGCUUAUUUCGAUACUAGGAACCCUAAUUCUGAUAAAAAUCCCAAUUAAAGAAGAAGACUAAAACGAAGGUGUUUUAUUAUUCUUGGUUAAACCAGAAAUAAAUGAGAAAUUGAACCAGAUCAAAUACAUCAUACCAUUUAUGGUUUUGUGGAAGUUAGAUUAAAAUUGAAAGUCUGUGUAGGUAUUUAAAAAAAAAAGAAUAGUUCGUGUGGGUUUUGACAUAAUCUAAAAGUUCGUGUGUGAAAAAGCAGGGAUGGCUAAGUUCAUAGGGGAAUAAGCCAUUUACCCGACAUGAUUGUAUCUACAUCCACUUCCAUACAAACAUAUUCUUUUCUGAUAAAAUGUUUCAUUAUCCAUAUGUAUACUGGAAUACAAAUAUCCACAUGUAAAUCAUAUAAAAUAGUAUCCACAUGUAAAUUCUAUGAAGUUAGUGUCUUUGCACGUCAAUAUCUACUUAGUCAACCCCCAAAUGUUACUCUCUUUUUCUCUGUUUGUAAUGUUGAUACACUUAACCAUAACAAAACAAAUCUAUAUUUAGAAGUUUGAGAGCAAAAUAGAGGAGACAUCUUCACAAAUAGAAAGUAUCAGGUCAAAAACAAAUUAUACAAAAUAUGAUGGAUCAGAUUUUGAAAAUGCCAAAGUUGCCCAUUGUUUCUAUUGAACUACUCACAAGUGGUGGCUGUGACGGAAAAGGGAAAGCGACGAAAAUUUCAGAGCUUCAGAACCAAUGCCACAACUUUGAAUUGCGUGUAGGAACUCAAGGCAUAGGUGUAUCAUAGAAUGAGAGAGAGAGAGAUAGAGAGAGAGAGAGAGAGAGAGAGAGAGAGAGAGAGAGAGAGAGAGAGAGAGAGAGAGAGAGAGAGAGAGUUUGAACAUGAAGGAAUAGUCGCGAGUGAGAGAAGAUGAUUGCGGCACUGACAAAGAAACACGAGAAAAUGAAAGAAGCCGAGCCAUUGUAGACAAGGGAGAGAUGAAUCGAGAUAGAUGUCACCACAGGCUGGAUCCAUCAGGAUGAAAGUGACCAUGAUUGAAGAUUUCUUAGAGAUUUAUGGGUCUUGCCCAAGAUAUGAAUCAAUCCUAAUAUCUCUUUUCGUCUCAGGUUUUGGAAUCACACACGUCACUUAGAGUCACAUAUUUAUCUGAUUUUUUUUUUAUUUUCGUGGAAACGUUUUUGGAUUAGAAAAAAAAAUAAUGGUUGAUUUUGAGAAAAAAGAAGGUAAAAGCAGCUCCAACAGUGGAGAACUCCUCUGAAAAUUUUAAUGCCAAAAAUAAUAUUUUAAUAGUAAUUUAGUUUUGAAAAUAAUUUUUAUUAUUCUUUCCUAUUUUGAUCAAUCAAAAAAGGCCAGAUGUGAAUACUGUGUUUUGAAAGUAUCUUACUAGCUCUGCUCUCAUAAACUUUUACGUUUCUCUUGCCUAUUUUCUCAUCAUUUUUUAUUUUUCUAAAAUAUCUUAUAUUCAUGGAAAAACGUCGGAUGGAACUAGUCUAAGGAUAGAGAAAAAUUGGGACCUACUAGUUACAAUUUAUUUUGGUUUCAACUAAUAAACAUAACAAAAACAUGUUUACUAAAUGCAACCACAAAACAUGUUAACUAAACUAAAGUUAGAAAUUUUUUAUUUCGAAUGCAAAUUGUUCUAUUAUGUAUUUUAAAUUGUAUAAAGUGACCCUAGAUAUAAAUGUUUCAAAAAAUUUCAUCAUAUUUGUAUAUUUAAUUAACAUUUGUUCAACUUUACCAUUAACUAAAGAUAAAUUACUUGGAAUGACUCUAAUUGAUCUAAUAAUUAUUAGAAUGACUCAUAUUAAAUUUUAAUUACUAGACUAAAAUGAGAUAUAAGCAAAUUACUAAAAGCCCAUCUCUAAUUUAAGUAACUACAAAUUUGCCACAUAUAUAAAUUAAAAAAAGGAAAAUAUAUGUUAAAUUUAAAAGAAAACAUCGA